CUGAAAGAACAUACAUCCCUUCCAUAUCAGCCUUGAAAGUAUCCAAAUUAUCAGGACACUUUAUAGCUUCUGGGCUUUCUCUCAAGGCCAGGCGGUUUGGAACUCAGUUUUCUGCCCUGUAAGUAUUGACAGAAGUCAUUCUCACCAUCUCACACCAGCUUUCUGGACCCGGAGCAGUUCUUUGCUUUUUCAGGAAAUAAACGGGAUGAAAGUCCAGGGCUGGGACUUCCUCUUCAGGGUGUCUGGCAAGGACUGACGUAUUCUAGGCCCUUUAAGUCCAGGAAGUGCCGGACACACCCAACCUUGAUGACAGUGUCCUGAGAGCUGAAAGCCGAAUGCCGGAGCAUAGGUGAGAGGACAGAAGCAAAACACAUUUCAGCAUGAGGGACCCACUCACAAACUGUUCGUAUAAUCAAGUGUACAAGAACCUAAAGGAGUUUUCUCAAAAUGGAGAGAAUUUCUGCAAGCAGGUCACAUCCAUUCUUCAGCAAAGGGCAAACUUGGAGUUUAACUAUGCCAAAGGACUUCAGAAACUGGCAAUCAAGUUGACCAAAGCACUACAGAGCACAAAGAAAAACUGUGUCAUCAGUGCCUGGUCUUGGGUCUCAGAAGGCAUGAAAUCUGCAGCAGACCUGCAUCAAAAACUUGGCAAAGCAAUUGAGUUAGAAGCAAUAAAACCAACUCAUCAAGUCCUGAGUGUACAUGAGAAGAAGAGAAAAUCACUUGAUAACGAAGUUGAAAAGACAGCAAAUCUUUGUAUUAACAACUGGAAUCAACAAAUUAAGGCCAAAAAGAAAUUAAUGGUGAUUACCAAGAAGCAUGAAGCACUUUUCCAUCUUGUAGAAAGCACCAAGCAAACCAUGACUGAGAAGGAGAAGCAGAAGCUCCUCAAUAAACUGAAAAAAUCAACGGAGAAGUUGGCAAAUGAAGACGAAAACUACUACCAAAAAAACAUAGCUGGCUGUUCUACCAGGCUGAAAUGGGAAAACACACUGGAAAACUGCUACCAGAGCAUCCUGGAGCUGGAGAAAGAAAGAAUUCAACUUUUAUGCAAUAACUUAAACCAGUAUACCCAACAUAUCUCUGUUUUUGGCCAAACCCUGACCACAUGCCAUGCGCAGAUUCACCAUGCUAUCAGCAAGAUAGAUGUCGAAAAAGAUAUCCAGGCUCUCAUAGAAGAAACUGCCAUUUCAUCUACAGAAAAUAAAUCUGAGUUCCUAUUAACCGAUUACUUUGAAGAAGAUCCUAACAACGCAAUGAAUAAAGAACGACAAGAGUCUUCAAUAAAAUCAAAACUGCUGAGACUGCAAAGAGACAUUGAAAAAGCCUCGAGAGACCAGGAAGGCCUGGAACGAAUGCUGAAAGCCUACUCUAGCAACUCCUCCUUCUCAGACCCCGAGAGCCAGAAAAACACAGUGGCCUUAAUGGAUGAGACCACUCUGAAAUUAGACCUUUUGCAAGCAAACUCCUAUAAACUGUCAUCAGUGUUAGCAGAACUUAAGCAAAGGCCUCAACCCAGCCAUCCCUGUAGUAACUCCAUCUUCAAGUGGAAAGAAAAGCAGACACAUAGUUACGUAAAACUAUCUCGGCCUUUUCUGAUGAAGAGAUCAGAGAAUGUUAUGAGCAAGGAAUCUUCUGGUGGGCAGAACGAUCCAAGUUCUUCAUCUACAGCCUCCGGUGUGGCCCAGCAUGGCAGUAGUCUUUGCAAGGCCUUAUAUUCUUUUCAAGCCAGGCAAGAUGAUGAAUUGAAUUUGGAAAAAGGCGACAUAGUGACUAUACAUAAGAAAAAAGAAGAAGGAUGGUGGUUUGGAUCUUUAAAUGGAAAAAAAGGCCAUUUUCCUGCUGCUUACGUGGAGGAGCUCCCUUCAAACGCUGGGUACACAGGCAUAAAACAAGAUUCUCAAAGCACCCCCUUACACACUCUGUAAACUAUACUGUGUGAUGCAAAUAAAGAUAAAAACUGUGAUCUUGACAAGUUUAUCCUUCUAAACGGGUGAUAGAGUCCUGCCUGCAUGUCACACAGCACUUUGCACUCUUGGUUAUUUUUCUGAAAGUGUCAGAAGUUGGAGGGUGGAGGGAGGCAGGGAAGAGGCCUCGAGGCUCCUAGAGUUUGCAAAUUCUAAGAGACCCUGGAGAGGACUCAGUACAGCCCCAGGUGUCACAGAGAGAGACAGAGUCCAAGGCCAGUGUAGCCGCUUGCCUGUAGUCACAGUUUUCUGGUAGCACAACAGAUGCUAGGAUUCAGAUGUCCUUUUCCUCUGGACUUGGGUGGCAACAGGUCACAGUGGGUCAAGCAAGUCUCUGGGAGAUGAGGAAGAACACAGAUUAAGGCCAAGGAGAGCUCAGCAGAGACAGGCAG